UGCUCUGUUUUUCAUCUUCCUCUCGGUUCUCUCCAUUUCUUUGUUUUAAAAAAGAACAACAUGGUAUCAGAGCACUAUUGAUCUUUGAGGGACUGUGAGAGAGUUAAUCGAAGCAUAACCAAAACCCACCUCUCUAAAUGGAUUCCAGUAGGUUUUUGUUGUGAAAUCCCUCUUCCAUUUUUUUGCCAAAUCACUCAGCAAGUGAUGAAGGCAUAUGGUAGGCCCACUAUAGCUCAACAUCAAGCAUGGUGAGGAGAUGGUGUGAAGAGGCAAGCUGGACCAACAAAGAGAAGGUGUUCAUGGUCUCUACAGCAAGCAGUCCAAAGGGAAAAAGAAUGUAUCCCAAGGGAAGGGUGCAGCCUGAGAAAGGAAGAAAACUCAGAGCAUGCAUCAAAUCCGGUUCACCAAAAGUUGAAUCUGAUUUAUGACCCCAAGGAAGCUGUAGAAGAUGAAAAAGAUGAUGAAGCAGCACUUUGAGGUACCAAUCCCCUGUUUUAUUUACUCAGAAAAUGCAACUUAGUUGCAAAACCUCCAAAAUUUGUUUGAGGCAGAAAAAUCCAAAGAAGGAAAGCUGUAAUGAAGGAGGAGCUGAGGUUAUUUGAGAAGGAUGGUACAUGGCUGAAAAAAAAAAUGAUGAAAACCAAGCACAAGAUGGACAGCAAAGGGCUGAUCCCAGGUGCUUAGGCAUAAAUGUUCUGAUUUUACAGCUUUAACACUAAGGAGGAGUGUUGGAGUUGUGGUGUUCAAGCUGCAAAAGUAGCAGCAAAUGAAAAUGAAAUGUUGGGAUUUUU